CAUUCGGGGGAAAUUAGUCCAUCGAAGGCACGAAAAAAAGAAACGAUGAGGCUUAGUGGGGAAUCGGGUCCGGGUCAGGAUGAACCCGGUUCGAGCGGCGGAAUCAGGCAAUUCCCGUUAGCAGCUCAGCCGGAGGUUAUGAGAGCUGCUGAAAAAGACGAUCAAUACGCUUCUUUCAUCCACGAAGCUUGCCGCGAUGCCUUCCGUCACCUUUUCGGUACAAGAAUCGCUCUCGCUUACCAGAAAGAGAUGAAGCUUCUUGGGCAGAUGCUUUACUAUGUUCUAACCACAGGUUCAGGCCAGCAAACUUUAGGAGAAGAAUACUGUGACAUUAUACAGGUUUCAGGACCUUAUGGACUCUCACCUACACCAGCUAGACGUGCUUUGUUCAUUUUGUACCAGACCGCAGUUCCAUAUAUUGCAGACAGAAUUAGUACUCGAGCUGCCACGCAAGCAGUCACCUUUGAUGAGUCUGAUGAUUUUUUUGGUGAUAGUCCCCGGGAGAGUGGUAGUCAGAUCCAGUCACUAACAAUGAUAGAUCUUCCAUCUUCUUCUCAACUUGAAACUUCGGCUUCUGUAGUAUCUAGGUUAAAAGAUAGAUUCAAGAGAUUGUGGCACCGAUCUAUUCAGAGAUGGCCUGUGGUUCUCCCUGUUGCUCGUGAAGUCUUACAACUGGUUUUGCGUGCCAAUUUAAUGCUCUUCUACUUUGAAGGUUUGUAUUACCAUAUAUCGAAACGUGCAUCAGGGGUUCGUUAUGUUUUCAUAGGAAAGCAACUGAAUCAGAGACCUAGAUACCAAAUUCUUGGGGUUUUCCUUCUAGUCCAGUUGUGUAUCCUUGCUGCUGAGGGAUUGCGUCGGAGUAAUUUAUCAUCUAUCACAAGCUCAGUUCAGCAGGCAUCCAUAGGAUCUUAUCAAACUUCAGGAGGAAGAGGGUUACCUGUUUUAAACGAAGAGGGAAAUUUGAUAGCUUCAGAAGCUGAAAAGGGAAACUGGUCCACCUCCGAUUCAGCUUCCACAAUGGAGGCAGUAGGGAAAUGCACACUCUGCUUAAGCAACCGUCAGCAUCCAACCGCCACACCUUGUGGUCACGUAUUUUGUUGGAGCUGCAUUAUGGAGUGGUGCAAUGAGAAGCAAGAAUGUCCACUUUGUCGAACGCCCAAUACCCAUUCAAGUUUGGUUUGUUUGUAUCAUUCUGAUUUUUAAGCACAAUGGAUCAACAACGACAGCACACUGCAGAAAGGCAAUGCAGCAAAGACGAUGACAAUCAAAGAGCAAAACAAGCUCAAGGAGUUUCCGUUUCUCCUUAGCCCACACAAGCUUCUUAGGUGACAACUUUGGGCAGUGCAUCUGGUAAAGGAAUGGACUCUGUUUUGGCUUUGGACUUAGAAUCUCAGAUCAUCAAGUUAUGGGAAGACAUAGAAUAAAUGUACUUGAAACUUCAUUCUCAGUCCGAUGCCUAUCCCUUUAUAUAUGAUAUUUAGUGCAGAAAUCACAGAGGUUUGUUAGGUGGUCUUUAACAUUCUAUAUUACUUUUUUACGUAUAAUUAUCUCAAUUAGAGAUCUA